AACACGUGCGCGGCUUUUACAAAAUUGUUAUUAAAAAUGGAAUUAUUCACAGUAAAUCGUUACACCCAAGAGCACAACAAAUCUACUAAAUACAGCGGCGAUGCAAACGAAGAUGAAAUACUGCAAAAACUUUUGCAGAAGGCAGAAAAGCGAAAAAGAAAACACGAAAUCAGUGAGAAAGAAAAACCAUUCGAAACAGUUGAUGCAAUUGAAGAGAAAGAUGAUGCGGAAGAUGCACAGGGUGAAGAUGCAGCAGCAGCAUCACAGUCAGAUAAAGAAGAGAAGCCCAAGGAAACGGAGCCAUCAAAUGAUUUCCAAGUUCUUGGUGCAGAUGCAUCAGCGAAGCGCCCAAAAGUGGAAAUGGUUUUACCCGCUUGGCUGGCGCAUCCCACAAUUAUUGAAGGUGGCAGUCUGUUGUCCACUGAUGCUACAGACGCGGAGACCGAUGAGACAUCCAUCAAACAGCUGGCAUAUCUGGAGAAGCACACGUGCAGUGCGCUUAAGCAAAUGAAGAUCGAGCGUCUGUUUCCCGUUCAACGCGCUGUUAUUCCAUGGAUCCUGGAGGCGCAAUCCAAACCGGCACCGUUUCGACCACGCGACAUUUGCGUCUCGGCACCGACCGGCAGCGGCAAGACUCUAGCCUUUGCCAUACCCAUUGUACAGCUGCUGGCCAAUCGCGUGGAGUGUAAAGUGCGUGCUCUAGUGGUGCUGCCGGUCGCCGAGCUGGCGCUCCAGGUGUACAAGGUGUUCAGUGUGCUGUGCAGCAAGACGGAGCUGGAGGUGUGUCUGCUGUCCAAGCAGCAUCGCCUCGAGGAUGAGCAGGAGAAGCUGCUCGAGCAAUAUAAAGGUGUCUACUACUCCAAAGUGGACAUUGUGGUCACCACGCCAGGGCGCCUUGUGGAUCAUUUGCAUGCCACGGAGGGAUUCUGCUUGAAAUCCCUGCAAUUUCUGGUCAUCGACGAGGCGGAUCGCAUAAUGGAUGCCGUUUUCCAGAAUUGGCUGUAUCACUUGGACUCGCAUGUGCGUACCACAGCGGAUCAGCUACUGACUGGGGUACAGGCACCACUCUGCUACCAAGAACUGCUCAACAGCUAUGGCAAACAGCCACACAAACUACUCUUCUCCGCCACACUCUCACAAGAUCCUGAAAAGCUGCAGAACUUGCGUCUAUUUCAGCCCAAGCUCUUUACCACAGUGUUCACGUUGCCGGUGCUACCGUCUGCCUUGGACAUCGCCGAGCUGCCCGAGCAGAGCAGUCAGUUUAUUGGGAAGUACACAACGCCAACGGAGCUGACGGAGCAAUAUUGCGUGACAGAGUUGCGACUGAAGCCGCUGACGCUGUACACCAUGGUGCAAACGUAUGGCUGGAAGCGUUUCCUGUGCUUCACCAACAGUGCGGACACAGCGGAUCGUCUGGCCUUUGUGCUUAAGCAUCUGUUUCAGGGCUCACCCAUCACAGUGGAGGAGCUCUCCGCGAAUAUGAAGGUGGGUGUGCGUGCCCGUCGUUUGGCGGAUUUUGCAAAGGGCAGCAUUCAUGGGCUGGUCUGUUCGGAUGCACUGGCGCGCGGUAUUGAUGUACCCAAUGUGGACAUUGUACUCUCCUACGAGGCGCCGCGUCAUAUCAAGACUUAUAUUCAUCGUGUGGGCCGAACAGCGCGUGCCGGACAAAAAGGCACAGCAAUAACGCUACUCACCGAGAAGGAUCAGGCGCCAUUCAAGAAAAUGCUCUACGAGGUGGGCAAAUCGAUGGGUGAGGAGCUCACCGUCUCAGCGGACGUUGAAGUAGAGCAUGCGGACAUCUACAAGACUGCGCUGGAGGAGCUGCGCCGUCGCCAAGAGAAACGGAAGAGCGAGAUGAAGGUGGAGAAGAUGCGCAUUACACGUAAGGCGGCUCUACACAAACAGCUGGAGACUGGCGACAAACCACUGACGCUGAUGGAGAAGCUGCAGGUGAAGACGGCAAUCCAACUGCUGCCCGAGGAGAAUGCGCCAAAGGAAAAGAAACAACCCAAGCCAAGACCCACAAAAAUGGCCAAGCCAAAGCGCAAACCAAUCAAAAAGUAAAGGAACCCCUGGUUUUCUUGGGUAAUCACCCAGAACUUAGAAACGUUCAAUCUAUAGCUAUAAUAUAUGUAUAUAUAUAUAUAUAUAUGUAUAGUAAUAUAUUAUGUAUAUAUACACAGUUGAUGAAUUUGUCUUAUCACUGGAAAGGCCAAGUGAUUCCCCUGCGGGUACUUCAUCAAAAACAUAAAAAAUUUACUGCUCUCCCAGCACAUCGAAAUUUGUAUGCUCUUUAAAAAGAUGCUGUGUGUGUUUAUACAACUUUGACCCUUGCUUUAAUGUUAAGAAUUGUUUAAAUAAAAUUC